AUGCGCGGCCAGAUCGUGUACAGACAAGAACAGCACGAAUGGUUCCCUAACGUUUUCGGGUUAGAACAAUAUGGGCCAACAUUCCAAAACGUUGGGGGUGUAGAUAUGCGCGAAGGCCAACUGUUGACCUUCCCCAACAUUUUGCAGCAUCAAGUUCAACCAUUCGAGCUUGAAGAUCGAACAAAGCCAGGUCACAGGAAAAUUCUCGCGCUCUUCUUGGUCAAUCCGAAUAUCAAGAUUAUCAGCUCUGCAAAUGUGCCGUGUCAGAGAAAGGAUUGGUGGAGGGAGGAAAUUGGGUGUCAGGGUGGAAUUGAUGUGUGGCUUCCAAGGGAAUUGGGAGAUUUGGUUUUUGAAGAAGUGGAGGGCUUUCCAAUUGGGAUGGAGAAGGCGAAGAAGAUGAGAUUGAAGCUUAUGAAGAAGAGGAAGGCAUUUGUUCUGAGGGAAACGAAAGUUUUUGAGGAGGAGACGUUUUCGCUUUGUGAGCAUUAA